CGCCCCGCCCGGAGGUCCCGCGUGGAGCCGCCGCCGCCGCCGCCGCCACCGGGGAGGAGGAGGAUGAAGGACAAACAGAAGAGGAAGAAGGAGCGCACGUGGGCAGAGGCCGCGCGCCUGGUACUAGAAAACUACUCAGACGCUCCAAUGACACCAAAACAGAUUCUGCAGGUCAUAGAGGCAGAAGGACUAAAGGAAAUGAGAAGUGGGACAUCCCCUCUUGCAUGUCUUAAUGCCAUGCUACAUUCCAAUUCAAGAGGAGGAGAGGGGUUAUUUUAUAAACUACCUGGCCGGAUCAGCCUUUUUACACUCAAGAAGGAUGCCCUGCAGUGGUCUCGCAGUCCGGCUGCAGUGGAGGGAGAGGAGCCAGAGGACACAGCUGAUGUGGAGAGCUGUGGGUCUAAUGAAGCCAGCACUGUGAGUGGUGAAAAUGAUGUUUCUCUCGAUGAAACAUCUUCUAAUGCUUCCUGUUCUACCGAAUCUCAGAGUCGGCCUCAUUCCAAUCCCAGGGACAGCUACAGAGCUUCCUCACAGGCGAACAAGCAGAAGAAGAAGACCGGGGUGAUGUUGCCUCGAGUUGUCCUGACUCCUCUGAAGGUAAACGGGGCCCACGUGGAAUCUGCAUCAGGGUUCUCAGGCCGCCACGCCGAUGGCGAGAGCGGCAGCCCGUCCAGCAGCAGCAGUGGCUCUCUGGCCCUGGGCAGCGCUGCUAUUCGUGGCCAGGCCGAGGUCGCCCGGGACCCUGCCCCGCUCCUGAGAGGCUUCCGGAAGCCGGCCACAGGUCAAAUGAAGCGCAACAGAGGGGAAGAGAUAGAUUUUGAGACGCCUGGGUCCAUUCUCGUCAACACCAACCUCCGGGCCCUGAUCAACUCUCGGACCUUCCAUGCCCUGCCAUCCCACUUCCAGCAGCAGCUCCUCUUCCUCCUGCCCGAAGUGGACAGACAGGUGGGGACUGAUGGCCUGUUGCGUCUCAGCAGCAGUGCACUGAACAACGAGUUUUUCACCCACGCGGCUCAGAGCUGGCGGGAACGCCUGGCUGAUGGCGAAUUCACUCAUGAGAUGCAAGUCAGGAUACGACAGGAAAUGGAGAAGGAAAAGAAGGUGGAACAAUGGAAAGAAAAGUUCUUCGAAGACUACUAUGGACAGAAAUUGGGUUUAAGCAAAGAAGAGUCAUUGCAGCAGAAUGUGGGCCAGGAGGAGGUUGAAAUCAAGAGUGACUUGCGUGUCUCGGGAGAAUCAACACGACCGCAGCGUGGCCCGGCCACCCGGCAGCGAGAUGGGCAUUUCAAGAAACGCUCUCGGCCAGAUCUCCGAACCAGAGCCCGAAGGAAUCUGUACAAAAAACAGGAGCCAGAACAAGCAGAGGUUGCUAAAGACACACAGUCUGUGGCACCAGACAUCCCCCUGUACAAGGAUGGGGAGGCUAAGACCGAUGCAGCAGGGGUGGGUGGUCCCCACCUGCCUGGCACAUCCUCUGCAGCACCCAACCCAGAGAGUUCUGAAUUCCCGGUGGAAACUGUGGCUUCCCGGAUCCAGCCCGAUCCAGACGACCUGGCACGUGUCUCCACAUCUCAAGACAGGAUUCCCAGCUUGCCUCAGGAGACCGUGGAUCAGGAACCCAAGGAUCAGAAGAGGAAAUCCUUUGAGCAGGCGGCCUCUGCAUCCUUUCCCGAAAAGAAGCCCCGGCUUGAAGAUCGUCAGUCCUUUCGUAACACAAUUGAAAGUGUUCACACCGAAAAGCCACAGCCCACCAAAGAGGAGCCCAAAGUCCCGCCCAUCCGGAUUCAACUUUCACGUAUCAAACCACCCUGGGUGGUUAAAGGUCAGCCCACUUACCAGAUAUGCCCCCGCAUCGUCCCCAUCACGGAGUCCUCCUGCCGGGGCUGGACUGGCACCAGGACCCUUGCAGACAUUAAAGCCCGUGCUCUGCAGGUCCGAGGGGCGAGAGGCCACCACUGCCAUCGAGAGGCGGCCACCACUGCCAUCGGAGGGGGGGGUGGCCCGGGUGGAGGUGGCGGCGGGGCCACCGAUGAGGGAGGUGGCAGAGGCAUCGGCAGUGGUGAUGGUGGUGAGGCCUGUGGCCACCCUGAGCCCAGGGGAGCCCCAGGUACCCCUGGAGAGUGUGCGUCAGAUCUACAGCGAACACAACUACUGCCGCCUUGUCCUCUAAAUGGGGAGCAUGUCCAUCCUGGAACUGCCGUGUCCAGAGCCAGGAGAGAGGACCUGGCUUCUCCCAGAAAGGAGAAGAGCUACCCACAACAGAGGGUUCCAGAUGGCCUCAGAAGCGGGCUGGAAGAUGCUUCCCGACUCCCUAUUGCUCCCACUGGGGACCAGCCACGCCAGGCCUUACCCCCACUGCCCUCCAAAACCCCGGCACCUGAGCGAUUAGUUGAGCAGCCUGCGUUGCAUCUGGGAGGUAGAACUGAAUGUGGGUCUGAUACCACUUCCUGGGAAAGGGGUAACGAGGAGCAAGCACCCACCAUCCCCCUGGAGAGCAGUCCUGUUCAGGCUCUAGCGGGGGAUGUUGGAUUAGAAGAAGGAACCGGCCAGGCUCCAGACAGUGACAGUAAUCCCACCGUGAAGGAUCCUGUGAAUGUGACCCCCAGUCCCAUCCCUGAACCAUCAUUGGCUGGUUCCCUGCAGGACAGACCAUUUGAUGACGAAUCAGGACUUGGUGACUCAGGCCCACCCACGAGGGAAAGUGCUACUAGACAAGAAAACUUGAAAACCGAGGCUCCCGUCUCCGCUGGUGCUGCUCCUUGGAUGCCUGGCCUGUCAAAUGACAAGGCAGUGGGACAGCCUGAACCCGACUCCAGGGAAGACGUCCCAUCUGUUAAGCCGCAGGUUGGAGAGGAGUGGGAGAAAGCUGCUCCCCUCAUUCCAGUGUCACCUGGGGGGUUGACAGCUGAGGAGGGUCUGGGUCCCCCCGACAACUUGGCUUCACUCUGGACAGUGCCAUCUCCAGGGUGCGUUGCCAGCACCGGCCAUGACUGCAGACGGCUGGAAGGUGAAAAGCUGAAAAUCAGUGGAGACUCUGAAGUGCUGAGUCCUCACAGCGAGUCCACAGACACAGCCUCUGACUUGGAAGGCCACUUCUCUGAGGACAGCACUGAGGCCGAGCCUAGUGAAGCUGCAGUGCCGAAGAGGUCCUCAGCGGUGGAGCAGGGUGAGAAACACAUUUGGAACCGCUCCACCUCACUCUCCAAGGUGAACGGUGACCUGAGUCUGGUCACAAGGACAGACGGGAUGGUUGCUCCACAGAGCUGGGUGUCUCGAGUAUGUGCGGUUCCCCAAAAGAUCCCGGACUCCCUGUUACUGGCCAGUACUGAGUACCAGCCGAGGCCUGUGUCCCUGGGAAGGCCUGCGUCCUCGGUGGAGGUUACUAACCCCCUCGUGAUGCAGUUGCUGCAGGGCAGCUUGCCCCUAGAGAAGGUUCUUCGUCCAGCCCACGGUGGCAGCAAACCCGAAUCCCCACGACUGCCACUUACGACAGAGCAGAGCCAUGGCGGCUCCUUGCGUAUGGGAUCUUUGCAAGACCCUGGGGAAAGCAGUUGUGAGGUUGGCAGUAGCAGUCCCAGUUCUUUAAGAGCUUCGAAGGAGUCUCUUCUACCUGAGAGCCGUGAAGCAAGCACCGGCCUCGCCAGACUGGAGGCCGCCCAGGCUCCUGGAGCACCCCCAAAGAUUUCCAAGCACGCCCUGAGUUUAAACUCCCUAUAUCCAGCGACAAAUCCAAUGGCUGCCUCUGGGAAAGUAGAAGUGGAUUCCAAAGAGCAGUUCUCUCCCUUUAGUUUUGAAGAUCAGAAGGAAGCUGGUGACCUGUCCCAGUGCAGUAAUUCAAGUGCUGCCCCAGGCACGAGUCCGGGAAAUCUCACUACCUCGAGAGCCCCUUGUUUCUCAUCUCCAAACGUGGUCUCCUCGGGUCCCGAUCAGGCAGGUCCGGCCCUGGGUGAUCAGAACAGUGCUGGAGGCCAAGGGAAGAAGCUCUUUGGCUCCAGAAGCGAGGCUGCAGCCCUUCAGUGCCCCCGGCCUGUGGGGCCAGCGCCUCUGCCUGCUGACGCCCCUCCCGAUUUUCCCAGCAGGAAGUCGGGGGCAAGCAAAAACUCUGUGUCUGGUGGGGUACAGAGUGCCAGGGAAGACUGGGCUCCAAGGCCACCGCCUGCCUCUGUUGGCAGCAGCAAGAGCGAGAAGACUUUUGGUGGGGGGCCUCUCAAGGCGAAUGCAGAGAACAGAAAUGUAGCGGGGCCCAGUCCUCGGGAGCCGGUGGAUCACUUGCAAGGGAUGCCCUUUGUCCUUGAUUUGCCCUUCUGGAAAUUACCCCGAGAGCCUGGGAAAGGGCUCAGUCAGCCUCUAGAGCCUUCUUCCAUCCCCUCCCAGCUCAACAUCAAACAGGCAUUUUAUGGGAAGCUUUCCAAACUCCAACUAAGUUCCACCACCAGCUUUAAUUAUUCCUCUGGCUCCCCCACCUUUGCCAAAGGCCUUGCCGGAAGUGUGGUGCAGCUGAGCCACAAAGCAAACUUUGGUGCAAGCCACAGCGCAUCACUUUCCUUGCAGAUGUUCACCGACAGCAGCACGGUGGAAAGCAUCUCACUCCAGUGUGCGUGCAGCCUGAAAGCCAUGAUCAUGUGCCAGGGCUGUGGUGCGUUCUGUCACGAUGACUGUAUUGGACCCUCAAAGCUCUGUGUAUUGUGCCUUGUGGUGAGAUAAUAAAUUAUGGCCAUGGGAAAAGUUGUAUAUUUAGUGUGUGUAUUUUGAUAAUGAUGGAUCUUCAAUCUGUAUACAGGAUAUCAUUGAUAAAAUAGACCCUGUCUCUCUAGGCAAGAGUCCUCUUGCCUCUCCCUAAAAUCUGUAGUGCUAAAGCCCCUCGGCCACUUGUCGGCCUUCUGGUUUUGCUGGAAGGGUUUCCUGCAGGGCAGGUUGCUGGGCUGCCCAAGGCUGGCCGGCCAGCCCGAGCUCUUGUCACACAGACAGAGCCUGGUGUGGCGUGGGGAGCCUCCUUGAGACUCAGAGGGACUUGAAGCUGAAGCAAGAAGGUUGUGUUCUCCACCAAGGGGACUAACCUACCCGAACUGAGUAGAAAUGUCAGUCUUCCACUGCCCCCUCCCUGCCGUCUUUCCUCCCGCUGCUCCUCCGGGAGUUGAUGGGGAAGAAGCCAGCACAGGGUUAAAGCAACUCCCAGCAGUGCCCACCAGGGGGCUUAAGAACCUGCUGACCUCAGGGUCACAGUCAUUUGCCAGUUGAUGGAGCCAGUUUGACCUUUGGUUCUGUUGCUGAAGCCAGUUUGGGACUUGGCUGUCUCCGAAUGAUCCACUGGCCCACAGGAGCUUUCGGAACCUUGAAUAGACCUGCUUGGACAAUGGGUCGGGCAUAGGAUUGUCUUUCCUCGUAAGUCAGGUGUCCAGACGUUUGGCAGGUGAAUUUGUCUGCUCGACACCCUCUCCGUCACUUUGGACUCUGUGGGAGUGGGCAUCUCCACGCACCUGUGUAUGUGAAAGUCAUUUUACAUUUCAAAGCAGUGUGUUUUUCUUAUUUUUAUAUUUUUAACUCUUUAUCCUUGGAUGUAUAAAGUGAACUUCUGGCUUCUGUAAGUAUGCUCUCUGCACCUCUAAUGUUUUAUCAUGUAUUUAUAUGUUGUACACAGUACUGGCCGAUUCUGUAAAUGGAUGUAUUGUACAGAGAACACGAACGACUCUCCCUUAUUUUACGUCUUCGGCAUCAUUGCAUUAAAGUGGUGUAAUUGA